CGCCCUCUCCCUCUCAUUUCUCACUUACUCUGGUGUCCUCACCCUCUUUUCAUCGGAGUGCCUCGUUUCUUUCUCUCUCGGGUCCUCCGGGUCUCACAUUGCAACCAUGACCGACGGUCACCUCUUCAACAACAUCUCCCUCGGCGGCCGAGGCGGAACUAAUCCUGGACAGCUAAAAAUUUACGUAGGAGGAAUUUUAUGGAAGAAACAGGGAGGGGGUAAAGCAGUUGAAGUUGAUAAAUCUGAUAUCUUAGCGGUCACAUGGAUGAAGGUCCCUAGGACAAAUCAACUUGGCGUCAGAAUCAAAGAUGGUUUAUAUUACAAGUUCACUGGAUUCCGGGACCAGGAUGUUUCCAAUUUGACCAACUUCUUCAUGAACAAUUUUGGGAUAACACCAGAAGAGAAGCAGCUUUCCAUCAGUGGUCAUAACUGGGGAGAAAUUGAUUUAAAUGGGAACAUGCUCACCUUUUUAGUUGGUUCAAAGCAAGCCUUUGAAGUAUCUUUAGCAGAUGUCUCACAGACUCAGCUUCAAGGGAAGAAUGAUGUCAUUUUGGAGUUCCAUGUGGAUGACACUACUGGAGCUAAUGAGGCUAAUCAGCCGCAUACUUUUGUUGUAGUUACACUGGAUCCACCCAUUCGUAAAGGGCAAACAUUAUACCCACAUAUUGUCUUGCAGUUUGAAACUGACUAUGUUGUUCAAAGUGAAUUGUCAAUGAGUGAUGAUCUGUUGAACACAAAAUACAAGGACAAACUAGAACCAUCUUAUAAGGGGCUUAUUCAUGAAGUGUUCACCACAAUUCUGCGGGGUCUAUCUGGUGCCAAAGUUACAAAACCGGGUAAAUUCCGUAGCUUUUCGGAUGGUUAUGCAGUGAAGUCCUCACUGAAGGCUGAAGAUGGAGUGCUGUAUCCACUUGAGAAGAGCUUGUUCUUUCUUCCCAAACCUCCAACACUCAUUCUUCAUGAGGAGAUUGACUAUGUUGAGUUUGAGAGGCAUGCAGCUGGUGGCUCAAAUAUGCAUUACUUUGAUCUUCUUAUAAGAUUAAAGACUGAACAAGAACAUCUCUUUCGGAACAUUCAGAGGAAUGAAUACCACAAUCUUUUUAACUUUAUAAGUUCAAAGGGUCUGAAAAUAAUGAAUCUGGGAGAUGAGCGAACCGGGGAUGGUGUGGCUAAAAUUCUUCAGACUGAGGAAGAUGAUGCUGUUGACCCACAUCUUGAGAGAAUAAGGAAUGAAGCUGGUGGGGAUGAGAGUGAUGAGGAGGAUGAAGAUUUUGUUGUUGACAAGGAUGAUGGAGGCUCUCCAACUGAUGAUUCUGGGGAGGAGGGAUCUGAUGCCAGUUUAAGUGGGGAUGAGAAAGAGAAGCCUGUCAAAAAGGAUCCUAGGAAGGAGCCUUCAUCUUCUAAGGCAUCUAAAAAGAAAUCGAGAGAAGGAGAAGAUGAUGGCAAGAAGAAAAAACAGAAAAGGAAGAAAGAUCCAAAUAUGCACCAAAGAGGGCUAUGUCUGGUUUCAUGUUUUUCUCACAAAUGGAAAGAGAGAAUGUGAAGAGAACCAAUCCUGGAAUUUCUUUCACGGAUGUCGGCAAAGCACUUGGGGAGAAAUGGAAAAAGAUGUCGGCGGAAGAGAAAGAACCAUAUGAAGCAAAGGCUAGAGCAGACAAAUUACGAUAUAAGGAUGAGAUUAACGGCUACAAAAACCCUCAGGCAAUGAACAUAGACUCGGGAAAUGACUCUGAUUAGUCAGUCCAAGUUGAAUUCUUUGUUAGUUUAUGUCUACUUUUUCAGCUUCUUUUGAUCUUUGCGAGGAGUAUGGACAUUUAAUUUACACGCACAGCCAUAUAUCAUUUUUUUUUUCUUUUAUUUUUCAAAGUCAUAAUUGUAUUGAUAAUAUUAAUAUCUACUUCAAGAAAACGGAAAGUAUCAC